AUGAACGAUUGGCAUGAGUUCAAUUCCGCGGUAAAGUCUAUGUAUUGUAAUGCAGAAGGUGACUCAAGCAGUGUAAUUAAUAGAUUGGUUGACUUAGCAAUGAAAAGUGACGACCCCACUUUUAUCAGGGCCGUUUUAGUUUUGAAAGAAAAUGUGCCGAAAAUAGAUAAACAAUCAAGAUUUUUAUGGCUUACUUCAACUAUCAAUUCGAUGUUUUAUCCCCCUAUACCUAUUUUUGAGGCUUCACCACUAUCUUGGAAUAAUACCGAAUACUGCGCACCUGGCAGUGAAGAAUUACAAAGGCGUUAUCCAGGAAAGGCUAAGUUACAGAAUGAGGAGGGGUAUUCAGGCGGAAUAGAACAAUGCCAAGAUGUAUCAGAUUGCUCACUAGUGGCUUCUCUGAUUAAUCUCAGGGCUAAGAAUUUAAAUCUCCCUCCAAUCAAACAGAUAUCACCAACUAAAUAUCACGUCAAUUUAUGUUUUAAUGGAAGCAACAAGAGGCUAGUAACAGUAGAUAUUUCCCAGAUUCCAACUUCGGUGGAUGGCGAACAGCUUUCAUUAAAAAGUAUGGAUAUUUCGGAUAAGAUUCGUGAGCUUGCACUACUGCUUGUUUCUCAGGGAACAUAUUCAACGGAUGGCUCCAAUAUUAGUAUAGAUACUUACUACCUAAGUGGCUUCUUACCAGAGAUAACGCAAGUAGACAGCUAUCCCUUUGAAAAACUGUGGAAGUUCCACAACUCUAAUCUAUGUUUGAUGGGCGUUGGUACUGGAGAUCGUUCCAAUGACUUGAUAAAGCCCCUGGUUGCGAACCAUGAUUACUCUGUAAUUCAUAUCAGUUACGAAUCUAGGCUAGUCAAAUUGCGAGACCCGAGGAACUCAGCAUUAAAUGUUGAAAUUAGUUAUGAACAGUAUUUAGACAACUUCAAACAACUUUACCUUAACUGGAAUCAGGAAAAGUUAUUCAAACACUCUCAGGUACUCCACUUCCGGUACGACACUGCACGCUACAAUAAAUUUUCCAUAAUUGCAGAUAAACCAUUAUUUUACCUGGUAAAUAAUUCUAAAGUGACAGAAACAGUAUGGCUAUUGCUGGAAUCGCAUUUGCGAAAUGAAGAUAGGAAAAAAAGCCAGUCUAUUUCUUUUUUGAAUGAGGCCCCCGAAUGCAUAGUUUACCCAAUUGAACCGCCAGUAAAUUAUGGCGGUAAUCGUAUUGGACUACAGCUGGUAAAGUUGAGGUUAGAUCCUGAGGCUGAAAUUUUAUUGUAUUGCCAUUCAACAAUAAACAACAAUUUCAGUAUUCAUUCUUUUUCAGUUGUGAAGGAAAUAUGUUUUCAAAGACUGAAAGAUAUAAAUAGCCUUUCUGCCAAAGUGCUUUUCGCUUUUACUCACAAAACAGAUGGAAAAACUUCAUUUGAUACUUACAAUUUUUUUCAAAAUCCGACUUUUGAAUUGGAAGUUCACUCCGAAGAAGAUUAUCAAAUUCUUAUGGAUGCUACAUGUAUCUCAACCAGCUCACAUGAUUUGAUUAACAUUCAAGUAUAUCACUUUAACGAUUAUGAACUGGCACAGCCAAUAAUGUUUGAUAACCACUAUCAGCCUGGACAGAGUCUUAAACAAGACGUACCCAUAUUAACCAAUAUCAAAUAUAUUAUUGUGUGUUCUACUUACGACCCUCCAGCUUCAUCGGAAUUUGAAUUGGUAACCUCAAUACGUUUAUCCUCUUCAUGGAGGUUAAUAUCUGGGAUAAAUUUACGAAGUGUGAACAUGAUAUACGGUGCUUAUCCGUAUCAUUGUCACAACAGGUUUCGUUGGAAGAAAACUUCUAAUAAAAUUAAAAUUCUGAUGGCUUUGCCCACCAAAAAGUAUUCGACGAACAGACUUUUUAUACGUGUGGUGCCGGUGGAAUCAUCAGCACGAUUAAGAAUGCGAUGUAAUAUUUUCGAGCCUGAAUCAUCUCUCUGUAUUUAUGAGUGUCAAGAAUACAGAACCUGUCCAUCCGGGGGGAUCGUUAUACCGGAUCUGGAAAUUUCUCGUAUUAGCACUGUCGUAUUGAUGGUAGAAAAAAGUGUGCCUAUUUCCGGUAGUUUACCUACGGAAGUGCAUUUAGACGAAUUGGAGUUGUUUGUUGGGUCCAGUCAAAAGAUCAGAAUUGAAAAUACUCCGAUGGUGUGA